GCUUGGAGCGGGAAUGGCGACGCUGCGGUCCCGCUUGCUGCUGCUGCCCAGCCGCGCUGCGCUGGCCGCCAGGGCCGCCCUGUCCUGGCUGGCCGUCCACACGCUGACCGCGGUCAUCUGCGCCGUCGUCCUGCUGCGGGCCGCCGUGGUGGUGGUGAGGAAGCGGCGGAGGGCUUUCGAGUGGCGGGUGCGGGAGAGCCCGCCCGCCUGCCUCAGCGACCCGUCACUGGGGACUCACGGCUUCGUCCGCCUCAAGGAUUCAGGGCUGCAAUUUCACUAUGUGGCAGCUGGCGAGAGGAACAAGCAGUUGAUGUUGCUGCUCCAUGGCUUUCCUGAGAUCUGGUAUUCGUGGCGUUACCAGCUGCGGGAGUUCAAAAGUAAGUACCGAGUGGUGGCUAUGGACCUGCGUGGAUACGGGGAUUCUGAUGCACCCCAAGAUCGAAGUGACUACAAGAUGGAGUAUUUGCUGGCUGAUAUCAGGGGAAUGAUUGAGGCUCUAGGAUAUAGCAGCUGUAUCCUCGUUGGACAUGACUGGGGAGGAGCCUUAGCUUGGAGUUUGGCUCUUCAGAACCCAGAGUUGGUAGAGAAAUUAAUCAUCAUGAAUGCACCACAUCCAGAUGUGUUUUUUCGCUACAUGAAACAACAUCCAUCCCAGCUGCUGAAAUCCAGCUAUAUAUUCUUCUUCCAAGUACCAAAACUUCCAGAGUUUAUGAUGCAUAUGGAUGAUUUCAAGACCCUGAAGAGUGUUUAUAUGAGUAAACGAAUGGGGAUCAAAAAUAAAAAUAAUAGAUUGACUGAAGAAGAUUUGGAGGCCUACGUGUUCAGCUUUUCUCGGCCUGGAGCAUUGGUGGGUCCCUACAACUACUACAGGAACAUUUUCAGCAACCAACCAGCGAAGUGCCACAAUGUGAUGGCACCUACCCUGGUGAUUUGGGGAGACAAGGAUGGUGCCCUGGAAGUUGGCAUGACUGCGCACAUUGAACAGUACAUACAGAAUGUGUUCCAACUGAAGGUCGUGCCUGGGGCCAGCCACUGGGUCCAACAAGAUGAACCCGAUGUGGUCAACAAGCUCAUGUGGACGUUCCUGGAGGAAAACGACAAGUAGACCUGAAUCCACACGAACGCAUGCCACACCUUUACUUGGGUGAAAUUAUAGUUAAUUUUAGAAUAUAGAAUACACAAUUUAUCAUGAAUGAAAAGAAUUUGCACAUUUGUGAGUAAAAAUAAUUUUAGAAUCUUCUAUUUGAAUGUUGUUAUAUAAUGAGCUUCAUAAUGGCACAUGGCUCCAUCCUAGGUUAUAAAACAAGAACUUGGUUAUUAUGGACCCAUGGAUCUGCAGAUGCUUAUUUAUUAAAAUAAUAAUUAACUGUCAUGCCCACGCAUUGUUCACUCGCUAUGAUCUCAGAAUACUGUGGCUAAGUUUCCUGCCUUUUACACAGCAGCCUCUCUAAUACCGAGCCUGUAAAUAACAAAUCAGGCCAAUCUAUGAUUCAAAAAAAGAAACAAAGUGCGGGAGUAACAGUGGGUGAGGCAGCAUCUCUGCAGGACAUGGGUAGGUAACGUUUCUAAUCAAGACUCUUCCCCAGACAGUAUAUCAUUUGAUGGGGGGGGGGGUAGGCUAUUUGGCCACAGUAAAUUGCCCCAGGCUGUAACGGAGUGGAUGUGAAAGUGGGAUAACAGAACUAAAAUGAAGUUGUCAGCGCAGACUUGGUGGGCCAAAGGAACUGUUUCCAUGCUGUAUCUCUAAACUAAAUUAAACUAAACCUGGAAGUUUUACCUCGAUUCUCUUGCUCAACCUCUCCCCCACCCCAACAGCUGUAACAUCAGCAGCCUUUUUCUUUGUUCAUGUGGCGUGCACAGCCUAAAGUUGUUGGACAACUUGUUCUAUUUGAUCUUCCGUUUGUGCACGUCGGGUUGAUUGCAUUAGUUGAAACAGUGCGGACCACGUGAAGGUUGCAAUCUUCCACCCCAUCAGCAGCCUAAGAACUCCCUAUACUCCUUGCAUCAUCUUCUUGGGUCUGCCUUAAAUGAUUAUGCCUAAAACUCUGCCCUCCCAAAUAAAGGCUACUUUACUUUAGGUGUAGCUCAAAAGGCGAUUAGGCAUUCAUAACAAAUAUCUUUAACUCAACUAGUAUUGUUUAACACGGCAUUUGCUCAUCAAUUGCUUGUGGUCUCGUAGAAUCGUUCCACGCCCAAAUUACCUCUUACAACUCAGAUCUGCUGCAGCGAAAUUAAAAAAAAGCCUCUUUCUUUGAUAAUGGAUCUUCCAAUAUUUAAACGCUUUCACAUCGCAUUUUUGUGAAUGGACGAAAGGAUACUCAAUUUGAUGAAAAUUUGGUGGAAGAUGGGGCAAGAGUACACCUAUAUAAUUCCCUUCACCUCGCUGCUCGCUAAGCACCAACUAAUAGUUUAGCACAAAGUACAUUUGUCAAAGUUAUAUAGGCAAUUUCACAAUCGCAGCAUGUACAAAGUGCUUUCCAACUAAGGAAGUGCAAUGGAUGGAUGGUCAAUUUUGUAAUUUAGAAAGCCAAAAUGUUUGCAGCACAAUUCCAUUUAACAGUGGUAACUCAGAACAAGGAUAGUGAGAUGGUUUUGGAGCUGAUGCAGCACUAAUUUCUAAUUAUGUCAAAUUAGCACUUGAUCAAAGUACUUAAAAAAAGAGUAAUUGACCCAAUGGAUUUGUUGACUGAAUUGUGCAUACACACAUGCAAUGGACGAAAUCUUCCAGUCCAAUGCGUCAAAACCAUUGACGAUAAGUAUUAGCCGUUAUUUAAUUAUUGCAACUUUUAAGAGUUGAAGAUCAAUCAUCUACUAUUUGUAAUUAGCAGAGAGAAUUGACAAUGUAAAGAAUAAUUUUGUUUGUAAUAUGCGUAGUAUAUGCCAAAUCUUCUAAAUAAAAAUUAUGAUAACUGGC